CUCAUUGACAUUUGACUGACAGUAGAAACUGGUGUUCGUUGCUGAACUGUCAGUUUAAUUAUACUAUGUUUGGAAAUAAUUAUCAGAUCCUUGUUAUGUUAUGUAAAUUGUAAAAAAUUGGCACUUUUGGAUAAAUAUCAUCUUCAGGUCAAGAUGAAGAUCUUUAAUAGUAUUUGGUCAAAAUGUGUCAACCACUGGAUUUACUUAAAGCUAUGUUUUUUCUCCUUAUUUUGCAAUACACAUCUGGAUCAAAGCUAUGCCGAAGAUGUUAUAGAACCAACGAUCUGGUCAAAGUGUGUCAACUACUGGAUUUACUUAAAGUUAUGUUUUUUCACUUUAUUUUGCAAUUUACAUCUGGAUCAAAGCUAUGCCGAUGAUGUUAUGGAACUAACGAUCUGGUCAAAGUGUGUCGACUACUGGAUUUACUUAAAGUUAUGUUUUUUCUCCUUAUUUUGCAAUGUACAUCUGGACCAAAGCUAUGCCGCAGAUGUUGUUAUGGAACCAAUGAUCUGGUUUGUUGACAACUUCACAAAAUGUUUGGGUCCAUUGUUCGUGGCUUGUGUGGUGACAUUGAUGUCUGCAGUCAUUGUCAUCAGUUACUGGAUUGGACUACCGUACUGGUGGGAACGAAACUGCUACGUCACCGUGGGUCUGCUGGUAGUCGGUCACUGGCUUCUCGUCAACACGUUGUUCCAUUAUUACAUGGGAGUCGUAACACCUCCUGGCUACCCACCUCAGGACUCUCUGAUCCCAGAAGCUGUGAGUAUUUGCAAGAAGUGUAUCGCCCCCAAGCCACCUAGAACUCAUCAUUGCUCUGUCUGCAAUCGCUGUGUCCUCAAGAUGGACCAUCAUUGUCCAUGGCUGAAUAACUGUGUGGGUCAUUACAAUCACCGCUAUUUCUACAUGUACAUGAUUUUUAUAGUUGCGAGCACUUUAUUCAUCAUGGUUUUUGGCUUUGAGCUAGCCUACACAGAGGUGUGGCUUGGCGAGAGAGAGGGAGAUGACGAAGAACUAGUCGGGCAUCCUGUGCGCUUCAACAACUCAGGCUCUGAGCCAGUUGUAGAAUGGGAUGAAGAGAUGGAGAGCAGAUCUCCCCCUGCGAGUCAGUCACCGGAGGUGAUGUGGCGUCGACGGUCUAUCAUCUUUAUGGCCUUCAUUUGCAGUGGUGCUUUUGUCGCCCUGGGUUGCCUUUCCAGUUGGCACGCAAAUCUGAUAGCUCGUGGAGAGACAAGUAUAGAAGCUCACAUCAACAAGUCAGAGACCAAGAGACUGGCUAAACUGAACAAGAUUUACAUUAACCCAUACAAUUUUGGAAGGGAUAAAAAUUGGAGAAAGUUUCUUGGUUUGGAAAGAGGAAGAUCGUGGUGGCAUCUGUUACUUCCGUCCAGACACAAGCCUGAGGGCGACGGCCUCACAUGGGACUCUGUGUUCUCGGUGACUGAAGAAGUCUCGGUGGAUCACAGCAAAGUCAGCUGAACUAUCUCCAGUGUAUUUAUAGGGAGACUGGCGCUACCUCACACAUUCCACUGCCUCCCAUUCUCCUUUUGAUGCUGGUGUGGUCUCAUCGUGGAAAAGUUUUUCAGUACAAAAUUUACGGUCCUCUCAUAUUUUAUCUUAAAAGACAAUGACAUAAAAUAGGUUACUAUUUAUACACAAAAAGCUUUUGUUGACUGACUAUCCAUUGCUGUACUGAGUUGCCCAAAAUCAUCUUUAAUCAACUUGUACUAACUGCAACGACAAUUUUGGCCUUACAGACAGUUUUGUUCACUUUUAAUUUUGUAGAUUAAUUCUUCCUCCAUAUAUCCAGUUAUCUCCUUUUUGGCUGUCCUUGCAGACUCCUGUUUACCAACAAGAUACCGUAUUGAAAUGGCUGUUUUUGGUAUCCUUUUACAAUCCAUUUGUGGUUAUGGCCAAGAAGUAAGACCGUCCAAUUUUCACCACUAGUCAUCAGAGGUUUAGGAGUUUUAUUUAAUUUAAAAGGGUUUUCAUUUUAAAAUUUCCUCACUAUGUAUAAACAUUAAAAUGGAAAAUAUGAGAUACAGUUAGUGGAUAAUACACAAUAGCAGUAGGUCUAUAUGUAUAACAGAUUAUACCAAGACAUUUGUUCCUGAUGAGUAUAGAGAGUAUAAGUAAUUUGCAACACUCUGUAAUGCAAGGAUUGUCUGGAGAGUGAGUUGCUUUAACAAAUAAAAAUAUACAUGUCACUUUUACAGCUCUAUUAUCAUACACAUUUGAAAGAGCAACUCUUGAACUAUUUUUUAACAUGUAUAACAUUUUAAGUUUAUGGAUCAGUUCAUUUUAGAGAUAUUGUGCGAACAGACAGACAAACAGAAACAAAACUUUCUUAACUCUUUGAGUCAUAGGCUUUGCUAACGAAGCCAGUAAGUAAAAUAUAAUUACUAUUUUCACAUUGUAUUUCAACUCAUUUCCUUGAAUUAAGUUCAGUGUGGUGAUGACUCUUUGAAACUAUCCAAGCGCUACGAGUUAUAGGUUUUGCUAACAAAGCCAGUAAGUAAAAUAUAAUUACUAUUUUCACAUUGUAUUUCAACCCAUUUCUCUGAAUUAAAGUUCAUUAUGGUGGUGACUCUUUGAAACUAUCCAAGCGCUACGAGUUAUAGGUUUUGCUAACAAAGCCAGUAAGUAAAAUAUAAUUACUAUUUUCACAUUGUAUUUCAACUCAUUUCCUUGAAUUAAGUUCAGUAUGGUGAUGACUCUUUGAAACUAUCCAAGCGCUACGAGUUAUAGGUUUUGCUAAUGAAGCCAGUAAGUAAAAUAUAAUUACUAUUUUCACAUUGUAUUUCAACUCAUUUCCUUGAAUUAAGUUCAUUACUGGUGGUGACUCUUUGUAACAAUAAAUCCAAUCCAAUAUUAAGAAUGGAUUUGUUAUGGGCCGAAUUCAUCUGUAAUAUUCACUCUGGUAGUAUUGUUGUACAGUAAUUUAUUGUUAUUUAAGUAAGUGUUAAAAUACAUCUUCACAGAUUUUAACAAUUAUCACCAGAAAGAUAAUUUAGAUAUUAUUUCUUGAUCAGAUUUAUGGAAAGGUAAAUUAAAAAGACUUGUACACUCCAAAUAUUUUUGAGGCACUCUAUUCGUGAAGAAACCUAUCAGUAAAGAGCUGGCAUUCUUUUGGCCAUCUUUAUUUUAACUUCAUAUGAUCAAUGUUAAAUCUCAAACAUUCGCAAAUUGUUCUUAAUGAUUAAAACUGAAGAUCAUUUCUCUUAUCUAUAAGAUUGACUCUGAUACAGAUAGUAUCCAGUUGUAGUGGUGAAAAGAAUCAGGUCUGAUUGGAUCCUAUUUUGUUAUUGAUACAGAUUAAAUUUCAUUGUCUACAGCAACCUUGGCAACCUGUUGCACAGUAAUCAUAUUCAUUGGGUUUCAAAAUUAGAAUUAUCUCUGAGAAGAACGUAGUCAGGAGAAAAAUUUUGGGGGGUCUAGACAGCUGAUAUUUUCCAGCAGUGGACAGAGAGUAAGGCCCCAUUUUGUUCCUUAAAAGGUUCUUGACCCAUUUCUUUGUUGAGAACGAUCUUUCAGCAGUACAAGUCAGUAAUACUGAAUUAUUUAAAUAGUAAUAACCGUUUAGUAAAAAAGUAAUUGACAAAAUUGAAAAUUUGGGGAGGGUCCGGACCCCUUGGACCCCCUCACUGGCUACGUCCUUUAUCUCUGAGUAUUAUAAAAUUCCAAACAUGUCCUAAUUGUAAUUGGUUGGAUAAUACAUACUACUAACGCUGUGCUGCUAAUGACAAACUGUUGGAAAUUAGAUGUAAUUCCUCAUCUUAAUUGAAAUGCAGGCAUUUUAACGUUGAACAUUACAACAUUUUACAUCAUUAAUUUCUGUUAUACCAAUUUGCAAUUCCGGUUUCUCGUCACAGAGAUGUUCUUGGAAUUCUUGCACAUUUCACUGGCAUACUUAUUUAUUAAACACAGUCACUUUCUGGCAGUAGUUUAACAUAUUCUUUUAUCCUUCAUCAGCAAAAUGGAACUUUCAAAAAUUUAUUGUCACUCCGUCAAACUGUUUUUAAGUCAACAAAGCAUUGUUGUGAAACAUAAAACAUUCCUGCUUCAUUAUUAAAGAAGGUAGAAAGCCAUUCCCAUUUUAUUCUAGUCAUAUUACUUAUUAUAUAAAAAUCUGUGAUAUAUUUAAUUAUUAAAUUUUACAAUUUUACAAAAGUACUUUAUAAAAAGAUUUUGUGAAAUGGUGUUGUAGAAAUAAACUGUACCACUAUUCUUCUUUUGUAUUAUUAUUAAUAAAAGUUUUACAGUUAAU